GGAAAAGGCUCAAAAAGAGACGCGAAAUCGACAAACGCACGUUGCACAGUCGAUUCAGAAAACCAACAAUACCAAGAAAGAAACCAGUUUUCAAGACAGAAUCAAGUGAAACGGUUGAAACAUGUCCAUCGGAGUACCCAUCAAGGUCCUGCAUGAGGCCGAGGGUCACAUCGUGACCUGUGAGACCAACACUGGAGAGGUGUACAGAGGCAAGCUCAUAGAGGCUGAGGACAACAUGAACUGCCAGAUGUCUAAUAUCACUGUGACUUACCGUGAUGGCCGGGUGGCACAGUUGGAGCAAGUGUACAUCCGUGGCAGCAAGAUCCGCUUCCUUAUCUUACCUGACAUGUUAAAGAAUGCUCCGAUGUUAAAGAGUAUGAAGAACAAGAACCAGGGAUCAGGCGCAGGAAGGGGCAAGGCGGCAAUUCUCAAAGCACAAGUGGCUGCAAGGGGCCGAGGCCGUGGUGGAAUGGGAAGAGGCAACAUCUUCCAGAAGAGGCGAUAACUUGUCCAGCUAUCUUAGAAUUGUCCAUUGUAUAGUCUUGUUUUUUCUUUUUUGAUUUGUCUUUUUGAUUGGAUAUGUUUUGUUUCCAGUCUUAUGCUUUGCAUUUUUUAAUGAAAAUAAACACAUUUUCAAUUUGCA